AGCUGAGAGCAGAAGACGGGGAGCUUAGUUGAAAUGCGCAGCGCAUUCUUGCGUGGAGGGCGAAGCGAUCCGCGGGUCAGCGGCAUCGCUCCAAAUAAUCACAGAUCUGAUUCUGCGUUUUAAAAUCUGUGCUGGAGAAACAGACUAAAAAAUAGUGCUGCAUUGUUACUCGGCCUGCAACAAAUAUUUAUAUAUAUAUAUUUAUUUCCCUCCGUAAGUUGUGUCGCCUUGAAGCACCGAGGAAUCCUUCUCAGUCUCAGCCCGGAGAGGGUGGAUUCGUCACCAGCGCGCAGGAGUUGCACUGGGAAGAUGUGGAGAAAAUGAUCCCGAGGUGAACUGGCAUCCCGCUGUGUGGCGUCUGUGCAGCUGCAGAAACUCUUGGAAACAACCGAAGAACAAAAUGUUUGCUUUUAAAAUCAACUUUCUAACCCUCGCCCUUCUUCUAAUUUUGCCUUCGGGUUCGAGGCAACAGGUCCCCUCUAACUGCGUCAUCAAGAGGGAGCAGGAGAAAUGUAUGGAGAUGAUGGCUCUGGAAGAUUCAGACUCAGAAUUUGACUGUCCGUGGUUCUGGGACAAUCUUACAUGUUGGCAGCCGGCCAAGGUCGGAGAGGUGAUCCAGAUGAACUGUCCAGAACUCUUCUCUCAGUUCAUGAGCGAGGAAGACUACGAAUUGGGGAAGGUGAGUCGUAACUGCACAGAGUUUGGCUGGUCAGAGCUCUUUCCUCAUUAUAUCGAAGCCUGCCUGUAUGAGGAAGGAAACAGCAGCCACCCUGAUAUGUAUUAUGUGUCAGUGAAGGCUCUGUACACAGUGGGCUACAGCACCUCUCUGGUGUCCCUCACCACAGCUAUGGUCAUCCUGUGCAGAUUCAGGAAGCUGCACUGCACCAGGAACUUCAUCCACAUGAACCUUUUCGUGUCGUUCAUCCUGAGAGCAAUUUCUGUCUUCAUCAAAGACAGUGUGCUUUACGCAGAGGAAGACAGUGACCACUGCUUCAUACAUACUCUGGAGUGUCGAGCUGUGAUGAUAUUCUUCCACUACUGUGUCCUCUCCAACUACUUCUGGCUCUUCAUCGAGGGUCUGUACCUCUUCACUUUACUGGUGGAGACUUUCUUCCCUGAGAAGAGAUACUUCUACUGGUACAUUGUCAUCGGCUGGGGAACGCCAACAGUGUGUGUGACCAUCUGGGCGGUCCUGAGGCUGCACUAUGAUGACAUAGGGUGUUGGGACAUGAAUGACAACGCUGCCAUCUGGUGGGUGAUAAAGGGACCUGUUCUGGCUUCAAUUAUGAUAAAUUUUGUACUCUUCAUUGGUAUCAUCGUCAUCCUCGUUCAGAAGCUGCAGUCCCCAGACAUCGGUGGGAAUGAGUCCAGUAUUUACCUGAGACUGGCCCGUUCUACUCUGCUGCUGAUCCCACUGUUUGGGAUCCACUACACUGUGUUCGCUUUCUCCCCGGAAAACGUCAGCAAGAGGGAACGUCUUGUCUUUGAGCUCGGUCUGGGAUCCUUUCAGGGAUUUGUGGUGGCUGUUCUCUACUGCUUCCUGAACGGAGAGUAUAUCCCUCAAGGUGCAAUCGGAGAUCAAGAGGAAAUGGCGCAGCUGGACGGUGAACAGGUACUUUGCUGUGGACCUGAAGCACCGGCAUCCUUCGCUGGCGAGCAGUGGGGUGAACGGGGGGACGCAGCUGUCCAUCCUCAGCAAGAGCAGCUCGCAGAUCCGAAUGUCCAGCCUGCAGGCCGAGACCCCGGCCACCUGAGUGGCCCCUGUGGGGAUGUCUCUACCGGACCUGCCGCCGCCGCCGACCCCAACCCACCCACCAUCGUCCCAAUGACCAACCUCACCGACCCGUUCUUCAACACAGAUCCUGAUGAAUCCACCAUGGAGACACAGCUGAACUCCAGCAACCCCAAACAGCCUCUUGUGUGAACCUGAAUGUGCCAAAUAAGGACUCACUGCACUCUGCUGUUUCCUGGCUGAAACCUUAAGAAGUAUCGUCAUCUGUCUCUACGUGUUGUGAUAGUUUUAAAAGUUGUCUGGUGCUGCUGAGCAACGUGACGGGACCAGUCCGUUAAUUAGGGACGUCCUCAAACUGUUGAUUCCAGUCCGUCCAAAUGUUCCUCAGCAUUCCUGUUUAGCUCGUAGCUGCAAAAUGACACUAAUCACAGAGCUGUAAAUACAUUAGAAGACUUUUCAUUUAACAUUGGGUUUUAUUUACUCUGAAAAAAAAACUUGUGUGACAGCUUCAGUGGCUUUGCAGGAGCUGUUGUUGUGACUGUCAGCAUAUCUUGUACAUUCUGAAUCGGAUUAAUCCUGUCGCAAAGAUGACUGAAACGUUAGUGGAGAGUAAAAACAAUAAUCUGUGUUGCAUCAAGUGAAAUGUAACUGUGGCUUACAGAGCUUACUCCAAAUUCCACGCCGACAUUCAGGAUAAAUCUGCCUGUCUUGCACCGAUUUCCAACACUGGUGUCUAUAAAACUGCGAGACUAAGUUCAUGUAGUGACCUUUUAAAGGACAAAGAACCAGAGAGUACCUGCUGGUGUUUGUGUCUGGUUUUACCUACAACAUAAUUAUUUAGACAAACAUCUGCAGGCAAUAUGAUAUAAAGUGACUAUAAAUGAUUUAUUAAUAUUAUUCCUUACUGUCAAGCUGUGACUGCUCUAUAGCGAACAUUUGUGAUGAAUCCAAGCAGACAGAAGAAUGUCAGGAAGAAAAAUAGCCAGUGGUUUUCGGAAAGGAAUGUUUUCUACCGUUAUGUGAAAAGCCAAAACAGACGCAGGGUUUUGAUUCUGAUUUUAAUGUUUGAGACACGCUGAGGUUUGUUUAAUACGACCACAAACACCUCUUUUCAAAACUUCAGCGCUGCUCAGAGGACAGCCACCAGUACAAAAAAUGUCAAUGAAUCAUUGUGAGUUCAUACACUUGCAUGAAGUUGAAGUAACUGUUGUUAUGCAGUUGUUUUUGUCUUUCUCUCUCUCUCUUUUCUGAGAAGUCAGUGCUUUAACUGGAUGCAAGGUUUAUUUUAGUGUUGAAUGGGCUGCUGUGGAGACAGAGCAUUGUAAUAUUAAUUAUUCUGUUACAUCUACUGUCUCUUUAGCAGAGAUAAUGUAAAGGUCUUCAAUGAAAGGUCUACAUCCUCAGAAACCUCAAUCACUUUCCAGUUUCUGUUUUUGAGGUAUUUGGUGUCUUGUUGCUUGAGAACCCAAGAGGAAGGAUUAUAUAAAGUAUGGUUUUAAAAAACAGUACACCCUGUUUUAACUGUUUACAUAUCACAAUGAUAAAAUGAUCAGGCUUUUACCAGGUUGUAAAAUAAUGUAGAUCUACCUUCAAGUGUCAGAAAAGCAUAACCAAGUCCACACAGUCAAUACUUAGGAAAUGAAGAUGAAGCAAAAAUGAAGAUGUUGUGUAUGAAAACCUAAAUACAUCACAUACUGUAAAUCAGCUACUUGUGGGACAGAUUUUAGUAGCAGAAGCUCUAAAUAGUCAUUUUCUUGUUCGACUGGAUCAGCCUUUCACACAGUUCAGAUUUUUUUUGCCACUCUUCUUUCCAACCAUUUUUAAAUCCAUCAACAUUUGCAGAUAUUUCUUUUUUCACAGACUUUCAAUCAGAUUGAUGUCUAGACUUUGACUAGGACAUUAAACACCUUCAUUUUUUUUUUGCUUUUCCAGUCAUUGUAGAUUGGCUGCUGUGUUUAUCAUCAUCCUUUAAAACUUCAUACCUAACACUACCGUACGUGACAGUUCAUCUGCUGCUUUGCAAAACUAAAUUGACCUGCCAUGUUUUUUCCUUGAACUCUCUUCACACAAGCCACAUCUAUUCCGUCCUUUAAUCUGAUUACUUUGUAAAUGACCCUAUCAGUCUUUUCCAGAUGGAUGGACCACAACAAAUGUUUCUCCAAGGUUAUUGCUGAUGACUUUUCAUCUGUUAAAUGUUCACCAGCAAACUGAAAAGAUCCUACUUUCAAAGAGGUGGCCACACUUGUUUAUUUGAUCAGAUCCUUUAAUAGCAGAACCUGGCUUCUACAUUCCACCUUAUGUCAUAGUCAAACUGAAAGAGUCUACUUGAUUUUUCCAUCUUUGAGAAAUAACUAUAAGGUAAAUAUGUUGUGUUCUGGACACCUGAUGUUAGAUCAAAAAUACUUUUUACUACCUGGUUAAAAAAACUUCAUGUUUAUUGUUGCCUGACACAUAAAACCCUCGAAAAUGAAAGAGGGUGUACUUUAAUUUUACAGUGAUGCCAGAAGAAGAUUUUUAUGUUAAUGCGUUGUAAUCCUGUCAUUCCAAAUAUGACUUAUUUGAUUACUCGCUGAGUUUUUGCUUUGGAGAGGUUAUUUUUGCAGAUGUGUCCUUCUGUCCACUGAAUCUCAACGCUCCACACUGCUUUGUGUCUCCAGAAGUGCCUUCAAGCACAAAACCAGUAUUCUGACUUCUGUUUAAUAGUUAGCUUUUAAAAACAAAAAUGCAAAGUAAAACAAGGGGUUAAUGCACAGUUUUUCCUUGCUUGUAGAAAAAAUCUUGUACUUAAAACAUGGAAGCCCUGAGAGUACUUUAAUCAUUUUCAAGGACGAGUUAAAAAUAUGACUAUUUAAUUGUUUUCACUAAAACAGUGUUUUGUCUUACAAUUACACAAGCACACUGUUCCCUACAUCAUAUGUACACAUUUCAGUGAAGUUUUAUGCUUUUCAGGAGCUGUAAUGGACUGCAGAUAUUUUUAAAAAUAUGUAGAUUGUGACAUUUUCAUUAAAUACUGAUUAUUUAUUUAUGCCAGAUAAUGACAUUAUUGUAUCGUUUUAUGUAUUCAUUAUACAUAAUUUGGUUCAUUUUCAGACUAAACGGCAUUUUCCUUUGGAGCCUAAAAAUGACAAAAUGGACCAAAAUUGAUGUAUUUAAGCUUCAUCACAUCUCUUAACCAUUCCUUCUUACACAGAAAUGACUAUUCCAGACAUUCAACUUUGAGCACUUAUCAGUGUAACUCCCACACGCGUCUCACUCAUGCACUGAGGGAAGGGCUGAUCAGAAACUGUACCGUCCUGCUGUGCUGUGCGUUCACCCUGAGCUGCAGUAAUAGCAGCGCAGAUCCAGCUGCAGCCAUAAGAGGGCCCUGUUCAAUCUGGGGAAAGGGCUGGACAAUCACACAUCAUCUCUGCUGUGGCUCAUCCAUCACAAACAUUCAAGACAAUCUCAACUGCUUUAUUUCUUUUGGUUGUUGAAUAAAGGAGUUGGAGCCUUAUAUUGCCAGUACUAUGUUGAUGUCAGACAAAGGAGUUGCUAUUAUUAUACUGCAUCUAUUAUUUGAACUUGUUCUGAAGUAUGAAGUAGUUAGGUGAAGUCUUCUGUAGCCAACAGUUGUGACUUAAACUGCAGUUUAAAUGUGCAAAACAGAAACAAGCUGCAAAUGUUGUACUUUGUAAAUGUAAAUGGAGUUUUAUGUGAAUAGCUGCCAUCUAAAGAUUUUAUGCUGAUUGUUCUCAUGUUUUUAAUACUUUCUUAAAUAGGGAUUGUGUUAUUAAAUAAAGCCUCACGUAAUUCCCCUGUACUCAGAAAGGCCGAUGCAUGCAUUUUUGUGAGACAAGGUUAUAAGAGAGGAUAUUCUCUUGAGCUGAAACUACUGUAAUGACUGCAUGAGGCAGCAAAUAAGCUAAAAGGUGUGUUUUGCGGGGGUUAACUGUGAACUGUUUUGUGGAUCUUAGUUCUCACUCUCUAAAAAGCUUUUCCUUUGAAUGUUAACAGACAUGAGGGAAAGUACAGUGCCAUAAAAGCUGCAAGACUUUUCGUUUUUACUGUGAAGCAUGGCCAGAUUUUUUAUUUUUUUAUAGUUGUUUUAAAAUAUGCCUAACUAUAUUGAUUGAAUCUGCUGAAAUGAUGACAUUGGGCUCAGCAUUUUGUUUCUAGGUUGCUGAAUGUAUAAUGUGAGCUUAUUUUAAUUGCUCCUUUUCAAUUGUUUUCAUUGUAUCAUCUUUUUUUGUGAAUAUCAAGUGUUUUCGUAUAUUAUGAAAAAAAAAGUGUAUAAAAAUAAAUGUUUAACUUGUUGGCUCA